CACCAGUCGCCGGCGGAGCAGCCGUAGCCGCCAUUUUGUGCGUGCCUGUGUUUUCCCCCGCCCCCAACUCCUCUCUGCGGGAGCGGCGGCAGCCGGGGCGCCCCGUCUCUUCUGCUGGCCAGGUGAGGCGAAGCGAAGGCGUUGGGCCAGGUCGAGGCAGCCAUCGCCGGCGGCUGCCGCAGCCGUGAGGUCGCGCUGUUCGCAGCGAGUGAGGGGGAAGAAGCGGCAAGACGGAGAAGGGGGGGGAAAAACCUUCAGAGCUGCCCCCCAACGGGAGGAGGAGUCUCGGCGCCAGGCCCAGGCGCAGCCCCGGCACCGGCGGCAGCAUGGAGAACUCGCAGCUAUGCAAGCUGUUCAUCGGCGGCCUGAACGUGCAGACCACGGAGGCCGGGCUGCGGGAGCACUUCGCGGCCUACGGGACCCUCACCGACUGCGUGGUUGUGCUUAACCCGCAGACCAAGCGCUCCCGCUGCUUCGGCUUCGUCACCUACUCGGCGGUGGAGGAGGCGGACGCCGCCAUGGCCGCUUCCCCUCACGCCGUGGACGGGAACGCGGUGGAGCUCAAGCGGGCCGUGUCCCGGGAGGACUCGGCCAAACCGGGGGCUCACGCUAAGGUGAAGAAGCUCUUCGUGGGCGGUCUCAAAGGGGACGUGGGCGAAGGGGACCUGGUGCAGCAUUUCAGCCAGUUCGGCCCCGUGGAGAAGGCCGAGAUCAUCGCCGACAAACAGAGCGGGAAGAAACGCGGCUUCGGCUUCGUCUAUUUCCAGAACCACGACGCCGCCGACAAGGCGGCCGUGGUCAAGUUCCACCCGAUCCAGGGCCACCGCGUGGAAGUCAAGAAGGCCGUGCCCAAGGAGGACAUCCAGGCGGGCGGGGGAGGCGGCGGCUCCUCCCGGCCCUCCCGGGGAGGCAGAGGAGGCGGAAGGGGUCGGGGCGGAGGUGGAUCCAGUAACCGGGAUCACAACGGGCUUUCCAAAGGAGGCGGCGGUUACAACAGCUACGGCGGCUACGGUGGAGGAGGCGGCGGCGGUUACGGCUCCUAUGGCAGCGGCUCCUACGGAGGCGGAGGGGGAGGCGGCGACUACGGCAACGGGGUGCACUUCUGCAUGAGAGAGAGGAUGGGAAAGCUGAGCCCUGAAAAGCACCUCACAGAAGUGCACAUUAAGCAGAGUUCCCGAUCCUCUGAGGCAGCUGAAGAUGAAAAGGACCAGCGCACAGUGACUGUCAACCCUGCUCACAUGAGAAAGGCGUUCAAGGUCAUGAAUGAAUUACGGAGCAAGCGGCUCCUCUGUGAUGUGGUGAUUGUGGCCGAAAGUGUGGAGAUGGAAGCCCACCGUGUGGUCCUUGCAGCCUGCAGCCCUUAUUUCUGUGCAAUGUUUACAGGAGACAUGUCUGAAAGUAAAGCCAAGAAGAUUGAGAUAAAAGAUGUUGACGGGCAGACCCUGAGGAAGCUGAUUGAUUACAUCUACACCGCCGAGAUCGAGGUCACAGAAGAGAAUGUGCAGGUGUUGUUGCCAGCUGCUAGUUUAUUGCAAUUGAUGGAUGUUAGAAAAAACUGCUGUGACUUUCUUCAGUCCCAGCUGCAUCCCACGAACUGCCUUGGAAUCCGAGCUUUUGCCGACGUGCACGCGUGCACCGAACUGCUGCAGCAGGCAAACGCCUACGCAGAGCAGCACUUUCCUGAGGUGAUGCUAGGAGAAGAAUUUCUUAGCCUUAGUCUGGACCAGGUUUGCAGUUUAAUAUCAAGUGACAAGCUCACAGUCUCCUCUGAAGAAAAGGUCUUUGAAGCAGUUAUUUCUUGGAUAAAUUAUGAGAAGGAGUCUCGCUUAGAGCACAUGGCUAAACUGAUGGAGCAUGUUCGCCUACCCCUUUUGCCCAGAGAUUAUCUUGUACAGACAGUUGAAGAAGAAGCUUUAAUCAAGAAUAACAACACCUGUAAAGAUUUCCUUAUCGAGGCCAUGAAAUAUCAUUUACUUCCUCUGGAUCAAAGGCAACUGAUAAAGAAUCCUAGAACAAAGCCGAGGACUCCUGUCAGCCUGCCAAAGGUGAUGAUCGUGGUGGGCGGGCAAGCGCCCAAAGCCAUUCGCAGUGUGGAGUGCUAUGAUUUUGAGGAGGAGCGGUGGGAUCAGGUUGCUGAGCUUCCCUCCCGGAGAUGCAGAGCAGGUGUGGUAUUCAUGGCUGGCAAUGUUUAUGCUGUCGGGGGCUUUAACGGAUCUUUACGGGUACGGACAGUCGAUGUGUACGAUGGUGUGAAGGACCAGUGGACGUCCAUAGCCAGCAUGCAGGAACGACGAAGCACUUUAGGCGCUGCGGUGCUCAAUGAUCUCCUGUACGCAGUGGGCGGCUUUGAUGGCAGCACUGGUCUGGCAUCAGUUGAGGCCUAUAGCUAUAAAACCAAUGAGUGGUUUUUUGUGGCUCCCAUGAACACAAGAAGAAGCAGUGUUGGAGUUGGAGUUGUGGAGGGUAAGCUCUAUGCCGUGGGAGGUUACGAUGGAGCAUCCCGUCAGUGCCUUAGUACCGUCGAGCAGUAUAACCCAGCCACGAACGAAUGGACCUACGUAGCUGACAUGAGCACUCGCCGCAGCGGUGCAGGUGUUGGUGUUCUCAGCGGGCUGCUGUACGCUACCGGGGGACACGAUGGUCCCUUAGUAAGGAAGAGUGUGGAAGUCUAUGAUCCAGGAACAAACACCUGGAAGCAAGUAGCAGACAUGAAUAUGUGUCGAAGAAAUGCAGGUGUGUGUGCGGUGAAUGGUCUCCUCUACGUGGUGGGAGGAGAUGAUGGUUCCUGCAAUUUGGCCUCGGUGGAAUACUAUAACCCCAGCACAGACAAGUGGACGUUACUACCAACCAGCAUGAGCACGGGGAGAAGUUACGCAGGUGUGGCUGUGAUUCACAAACCCUUGUGACACAUGAUCAAGCCAAUGUGAGGAGCAGAAGUGAAGUGGAUCCAGCCAGGUGGUGUUGGGAGGAUGACUGACCUCUGACUUGGCCCAUCUCAUUGCUGUUCACGUCUCAGUAUGACAAGUGAUAUAUUACAAACAUCAUCUGCUUUGUGGUGGAUUACAUAGCAAAGCGAAAAUCCCUCUGGGGACAUGUUCCAUGCUAGACACGAGGUGUUGCUUGUUAUCUGUGGUGCAAUCAACUGUUCUCAAUGGCCAAUGUCCUGAGAUAAACACCGUGCUUGAACUGCAGGCACUGAAUUUCUUGUGUGAAACAAAACUGCUACAUUUGGGCAUGUGAGUAAAAACAAACACUUUGGAUUUCUUCACUACUGAUGCUCUGUGUGCAUUAUCAGUUGAACUAUUUACUCACUGUGCCUGGAGGGUGGACUUUACUACUGGCAGUGGAAACUUCUGAGUAGCAACUGAGAAAAGCAGUCAGCAGAAACAGACUGGAGCAGGUGAUCUGGCUUGAGUGUGAUGCUGUCUCAGUCGUACGUCUGUAUAUACCACUGGACUACUGUAUGUAUCCCUGAAAUGCUUGUCAUAUGGUGGAAAUAAAUACUGUGUGAUGUUUUUUUCCCUACUUGCCAUGAAAGCUGUUUGCUGUACGUGAUGGGACCUGCUGGGCAGUGCCUUCCUUGGGGCUGAAGUCUCAGCACCUGAACCACGUUAAACUUCGCGACCCCGCCAAACAUGUACUGCUCCUGUGGGAUUUAUUGCUCUGCUGAAACAAAUGAUGCUUAACUAGAAAGUAUUCCCAACUCACGCAUUUCAGCUGUGCUGAAAGCCCCAGUUCUAGCUCUGUCCAGCAUCUAAAUGCCAUUUCAUAAUAGAGCGUUUAGGUGUAAAAAGAAAUACCUUAUGGUGAAAUUUAAUGUAGAGACAUUACAUAGAGCGAGAACCCUCUGUCACUCAAGCAGUGAUUAAUGAGCCAAGGUAAAAUACCUGCAGUGUGUUAAUGCUUGCAGAGCAUGGAGAUUAACUAAUCACUGUCACUGUAAUUGCUGUUUUAAUCUUGCCUGUACUGAAGGCGUUUCUCUGUUAGCAUGAAGAAUUCAUAAGAUUAUUCCAACCAGACAAAUCUAGAUCCAGCUCUAAGGUAGCUGUCUUGCUUACAUCCCAAAUUCUUCAAACCUUCUGUUUAAGAAGAUGUUUGACUUUAAAAUACAUGUUGUGUCUCCUUGUGAGCUCUGCCAUGCUUCUGCACGCAGGGGUGGACUCCCAAAAAACUCCCCAGCUAAAGGGAACUAGUGGAGAAAAAUAUUUAAAAUAUUUUCUGUAUUCUUUUUGUUCUUAUUGGCUGGGUUUUGUUUUCCCCCUGUAGGUCAGCUAAGUCUUUCUGUAGGACUGAAUCUGCCCAUGUUACUGUUGAGCUCCAGCACUUUAUCACUCUUGUGCUGCUGGUUUCUUUCACUGUAGAUCUCCUAUGAAAAAGACUCCAUGUGACCUACAGCAGAAAAGAGAAAACACUUAAAUAUUUCAGAGGGAUCUAAGGCUACAUUGCCUUGUGCAGCUUUCGUAGAGGAGUGGGUUACUUCUGUAAAUAAGUAGAUUUUUUUUUUAAAAUGUUGAAGUGUUCCUUGUGAUCUGGAUGCCUGUUCAUUCUGGGGAAACAGCACCUACCGUCGCUGCAUCACCUCCUGCAGAUGGGACUGACCUUCAUGGGGAAUGUUAGGUAGCACCUGCUCCUCUUUGGAUGUUCUUCUUUUUACAAGCAAAAGCAAACUGUCCAAAGAAAUGACAGUAUUAUUUUUGAUGUCUACCCUUCCAUUGCAUGGCAGCUCAGAGGUCUUGAAAAUUACAAUGAAAAAAAUCAGUCUUUGCUUUAAUACCCUUUAAACCUUUUGCUUUGGGUUCUACAACCUGCAGUGAAAUGUGCCAAAAUAUUGGUAUGACAUGCUACUCUUUUAUUAUACAUGGUGUUGCUUACUGUAAAAGCCAUUGAGGCUGGUGGGAACAUGUCCCCUGACUGCAGCUGCCUUCAGGUCGGAGCCCCAAGAUGUGUCUUUACAGUGAUACAAGUGAGACGAAGCCUUGGCUCAGACUGACUCCAGCUCACUGGCCUGAAAGCAAAGGCCGAGAGGUGUUUCCCUUUCAUGCAGCCUGUGGGAAUAGAUGAUAAAAUGGGACAGGCAAAGCUUUUUGGUCAGAGUUAGCAUCUCUUGUUAGAUUGAGGUGACAAGGUGGAAAAGCAUUUGAGCACAUGUGACAAUCGUUAGGUCUGGUAUAGACACAGGGAAUGUAAAGCUAAACAGCUACUGUAUAGCCCAGCUACAGCUCGAUGUUGGGAACAGUUGCCAAGUAACCUUGUCACACUUGUAGCAUCACCGGAGCAAACACAAAUAUUGCCCAGAGACUGAGAGUUUAUGUGGGCUAGAGAUUAAAAACUCAUAGAUCGUGCCAGAGAGAUGUAAGUUUGGAGUUUGCCGUGUUUGUCAGAUGUUGUGAAAGGUGGUGAUGCCUGAAAGUUGGAUAAUUUUUUUCCCCUGCUAUACAUGUCUUUAUAAACCUUCCUUGCUUGUAAGAAAACCAGUUCUUGGUGUUAUUCUGCUCUUGCAAAUGGCAUUUUUGCCCGCUGCUGGCUCAGACCUGCGGCUCGCUGGGCCGGGCCCGGACUCGCAGCCUUGCGGCAGGAGUGAUGGUGUUCCUGGCUGCAGCCAGUUCUUCUCGAUGACAAAUGACACGUUUUCUUCCUUUCCUUCUCAAACGUUGCAGUGUUAUGCAAGUCAAGUGACCUCGUUUUCCAGCUAUGCAAUAUGGACAACCGUAACACAUGACGAACCAGCUGUAUUCCCCCCUUGAAACGCUUUCCGAAUUUGUCCGUCUUUGUCUUGUGGUCUCAUGUUUGUAUUGUUAUUUCUGAGCACCUGAGCCAGAUCCUUUAAAGGUUGCCUUUUUCUAGGACUGAAAACAUAGCAUUAGUGCUAACAAGUUUUACUGUAAAUAUUUUUAUAAGACAAUUUUAAAUAAUUUUUUGGAUUGCUUUUUAUGGUCGUUAAUGACACUUCUGUUAAAUUCUGGAUCUGAUUAUUACACUCUAGUGCAGUUUUUGCUGGCUGUGAUGUAGGCGUGAAUCAGUAUGUGUUCUGCACAAGGAAUUACAUGUUGUAACUAAGAUCUGGGAUGGCUCUUAUGUUGAUUCUAACAUAUUAGAAGGACAGCACUGGGCUUAACAUUAUGAGAUAAAUGAAAAUCCAUUACCUCAGUCACCAGUACGCUCUUAGAUUAUUAGUUAUUUUACAACAAUGCCAGUACCCUUGAUUUAAUUAUUUUGUGCCACAUUUUUACCCCGUGGUCAGUUAAUGGACAACUGUCCGUCUAUCAGUGGUUUUGGUUCUCGGCUCCUGCGGAGCGCGGUGCUGCUGGGAGGCGGAGGAUGCCGAGCACACAACAGUGUGUGUGCAACCCCCGGCUGCCAAAACCAGUGAAAUUAUCGCAGGAGGUUUUGUAACAGCUUUUACAACCCAACUCGGGCUCUUUCCUCGCAGCGGUCCUUUGUGAAAAUGAAGGCUUUCCUCACCUUCCUGCUCUUGUCGGCUCUUUUUGGGGGUCACUGUGCGCCGACCCCCUGUGGGAUUCGGGCCGCGGGUUUCCCAAGGGUGACUUUGCUCGUCCCCAGGGACACGCACCCAAAACCCCGACUGUGUCGUGUCUGGGUUUGCAGAACAGGAGAGUGUGUGUGAAGCAGGCUGGGUUUGCCUGAAGCAAUCUGUUGUUUCAACAAGUUUGAAUCAAACCCAUCUUUUCCAUUUGUGCCUAAUAGAUAAAUUUGGGGGUGAUUAAAACCAAUUUUCGGUUCAUUCAGUUUAUCCAAAUACUUUUUUUUGGUACAGACGUGUACAGCACUGUAAUUACCAUAAAUAUACUUGGCAGCAUUUGCACGACACCACCAUGAAAGUUAAUACUGUUCUCUUGUUUGCGGUGUUUGGAGACCAAAAUCCUUAAAAUCCAGAGAUGUGUGAUGCCUAUUUAUCAAGCUAAACAUGAUAGCUCAACAGAUAAAUACAGCUCAUUUUUAACCUUUGAGAUUCAUUACUAAUAAAAUGUAAUAUCAAAGCAGUUGCCCCUUGGCUUAACAUUGUGCUGACAAGUCACUUCACAUGAGCAUAAUUAGUCGCUCAAAGCUACAGUGUUUUGGGAGUGUGUUAGACAGUAUAGCCUGGAAAUCAGUUAAUUCACUUUUUUUCCUCUGCCCUUUGUCUCUCUUUAUGGGUUUAUAAAUUAUUUUCCUCUACAGUGACAAAUGAAUAUAUGGAAUUUUAAUUUGUAUAUUUUAUGUAUAAAAACCCUUUGAGAGUAAUGGAUGAUUGUGAAAUAAUUUACCUGGGUGUGAAAUUCUUUGUUUUUGUGGAAGAGACUUUCUUGGUUUGGUAGCUGGAAGUAUGCCAUGAGUAGGUGGACUCUUCAAGCUCAUUUUUUUUAAAUUAAAGCUUUUUUUGCAUGAAUGUGAAGGACCAAGGACUUUGCGAAGUAGUUCUCUUGACAGCUGUCUUGUCCAGUGCAACGAAUGACUCAAGAAACAUUCUUCACUGAAAUAUUUACAUUAUGAAAAAAAAAAAUCACAUUGUAGUCCCCAUCCUUUAAUUUGAAUAAAAACUGGACUAAUGAAAUAAUGAAA